CCCACGCCAUGAGUCGCCGGGUGGUUCGCCAAAGCAAGUUCCGGCAUGUCUUCGGACAGCCGGUCAAAGCCGACCAGAUGUAUGAAGACAUUCGAGUCUCCAAGGUGACCUGGGACAGCUCCUUUUGUGCUGUCAACCCCAAGUUCCUGGCCAUCAUUGUGGAGUCGGGAGGAGGCGGGGCCUUUAUGGUCCUGCCCUUAGGCAAGACGGGCCGCGUGGACAAGAACGUUCCCCUGGUGACGGGGCACACGGCCCCGGUGCUGGACAUCGACUGGUGCCCCCACAACGACAAUGUCAUUGCCAGCGCCUCCGAGGAUACAACCGUCAUGGUCUGGCAGAUCCCAGACUUCCUGCCCCUGCGCAACCUGACAGAGCCUGUGGUCACCCUGGAAGGGCAUUCCAAGCGGGUGGGCAUCCUGACCUGGCACCCCACGGCACGCAACAUCUUACUCAGCGCAGGGGGCGACAACGUGAUUAUCCUCUGGAACGUGGGCACCGGGGAGGCCCUGCUCACGCUGGACGACCUGCACACGGACCUCAUCUACAACGUGUGCUGGAACCGCAAUGGGAGCCAGUUUGUCACCACCUGCAAAGACAAGCAUCUGCGCAUCGUUGACCCCCGGAAGCGCCUGGUCGUGGCUGAGAGGUUUGCGGCCCACGAAGGGAUGCGGCCCAUGAGAGCCAUCUUUACCCGCGAGGGACAGAUCUUCACCACGGGGUUCACCCGCAUGAGUCAGCGGGAGCUGGGACUGUGGGAUCCGAAGAACUUUGAGGAGCCCAUCGCCCUCCAGGAGAUGGACACCAGCAACGGGGUUCUCCUGCCCUUUUACGACCCUGAUUCCAGCAUAGUCUACCUGUGUGGAAAGGGCGACAGCAGCAUCCGCUAUUUCGAGAUUACGGACGAGGCUCCGUACGUGCAUUACCUGAGCACCUACAGCAGCAAGGAGCCCCAGCGCGGGAUGGGCUUCAUGCCCAAACGAGGGCUGGAGGUCAGCAAGUGCGAAAUCGCCAGGUGA